AUGCUAAACAAUGGAUAUGUCCAAACGUUUGUUGGACUUGUAUACACGCCACUUGAGGAAUACCGAUUUGACCGGGAAUAUUUACAAACUGCAGACAAAUCAGUCGUUGCUUUAGACUGGUUCAAGCAGUCAAAAGUAAAAUUAAAACGAAACAGUCCUGUCAUUUUAAUAUUUCCCCGGUUAACAGGAGAUGCGCUCAGUGUUGGAAAUAUCUGCAAACUUGGUGCUUCAAGAGGAAUGAGAGCCGUUGUGUUCAACAGGCGAGGACAAGGCUCGAGUUUUCUUUUAUCAGCAAAUCUGACCAGCAUUGGUGACACAAAUGACACCAGAAAAGUGAUAGAAUACAUAUUCAGCAAAUAUCCAUAUGUGCAUAUUGUUGGUAUUGGAAUAGGUGCUGGAUCAGCUACACUAUUUUCCUACCUCGGUGAAUUUGGUUCUUCUUCUCUUAUGAAAGCAGCAGUAAAUAUUUCACCCUCAUAUGAUAACACUGAGAUACUGUGUGAGCAAAUACCAAAACUAUAUGAACUUUAUCUUUUAGUCAGGUUAAAACUGAUGUUAUUAAGAAACUGGAAAAUUCUACACAAAGUCAUAGAUAUAAAGACAGUCUUAAGAAAAGCAUGGACGUUAAAAGAAUUUGAUUAUCAAGUUUAUUGUAAAAUGUACGGAAUAGAAACAUUCGAAGCCUUCUGGAAGAGAUAUGAUCCAAUGAGAGAUGUUGAUGAUAUAGCUGUUCCUGUUUUAUGUAUAAAUAGUCUGGAUGACCCUGUGUCAGUUAAAGAAAAUAUUCCAUUUGAUUUGUUUCAGUUGUAUCCGAAUUUAUUGUUAGUAACUGUAGCGAAAGGUGGCCACUGCGCGUUCUAUGAAAAAGUAUGUGGAGACUCUUGGGCAAACGCACUAGCAAUAAAUUAUAUAGUACAUGUUCUCGAGUUUAUUUCAAAUUCGAAGUUGUGA